AUGGCGACAGGUGCAGUAGUACGUCAGUCUGGAUACGAGGCGUUUUUUCCGGGCAGGAAAAGGGCCGCCGGGAUUCAUAUCAAGAAAAAGGAGGUGCCGUUGCCCGAUGACGACGACGACUAUGAUGAUGUUCAGAGUCUUAAGAAGAGAAGAUCGGUCGAGAAAUCAUCAAUUUCCGGUUACGCAAGCAUAGACGAGUACGAGUGUCUCGACAGAAUCAGCCAGGGCGUCGUCUACAGAGCACGUACGUCACAAGAUGACGAACGAAAUAGUUGCCGUCAAGAAGGAAUUAGGCGGGCUAUGCGAGUCGACGCAGGCCACCCCUCACGUGGGUACCGCUUGGUACAAAAUGAAAUUUCGCUCCUCUUAAAGGAUUCACCAGAGUACUUGGAGCAUGCCAAUCAACAAGGUCGAGACCACGAUAUCUCUAGCUUAUCAUAA